AUGAGCAACCAACCAUGGCUCGACAGCCUGUCCGAUGACUGGCCGUCAAUGCCGGCCUCACCCACCAGUCCGGCUACCCAACCUGUCUCCCCCAAAGCUCCUAGUCAGCAGGGGACACCUAGCCGCAUUCCUGUGCCUGCACGGCGCUCCGAACAAUCACCCGGGGACAAGUCCAAGUCCAAGGACCAGGAUAAGGACAAGAAGGUUACCCGCCCAUGCCACUUCCACCGAAAAACACCUCCGACACCAAAAACCCCUCGAACACCCAAGACUCGAAAGCCUCGAUCGCCGGCUCCCUCUCAUUCUCACUCACAUACUCCCAAGACCAACCCGAAAGUCGGUCCCAAGCCGAGCCCCGGGGCGGGACGUAAACAGUCCGCCAUGGAUACGCGCUCCCCUCUACGAUCGGUGUCAAACGUCUCCAACACGUCAAAUCAGUCGGAAAUCCAGGGCACUGUUCAAAUAAACACCAAAAAAGGAGGGGAACCGAAAGAUGGCACGCCAGAAUGGCGGCGGCGACUAGUGCGCGGGGAAAUCGCUCACGGUGAGCACAGGGAUCUGUUUGCGCCGAUGGGCCUGGAAAGUGUGUUCAAGCCGCCUACACCAGGCGCGGCACAGGAUGAAUCUACGCCAUUCCAAAAACACGAUGAUCAACUAUGGGAUUUCACCGACACUCCUUCGCGACACGACCGAGACGGCCACACCACGCGCGACGAUGAUACCCAACGCGUCGAUGGCGAGAUCGAUGGAGUUACAUACGAGGAAACCCCGCUAGGAACGGUAAAUCACGCGCCGUGGGGAGACAAUGGGCCCCAGGAAGGGGAUUGGGACCCCGAGGGAUUGACGCAGCCGGACGACACCCAGCAACGGACCGCGAGUGGGUUGGAGGAUCUGCGCAACGAGGGCAUCACACCCAUCACCUUCAGCCGUAACAACACCUGGAAUGGCAAUGGCAACGGGACCUCUGAGGUGAUCAAAUCCGCACUGAAGCAGGUCACCAACAAGCUCGAAGGCCUGUCAAUUGGAAAUGACAGUCGCCCUGGCUCACCAGCGAGCGACAGUUUCCUGUUUGAGAACCACAGCGAACCUCAUCCCAAUGACUCUCGAAACGACAGUCUGCUCGACGUGACCAGUCACUCAUUACCCCAAGACUUGUCGAUGGGAACGGUGGACUUUCACAGCCGCCGGGGAAAUCGCUCCUUCCCUCGCAGGUUCUCCCCUUCGCCCUUUCCCUCACAUCGUCUGUCCCCUACUACUCUCGCCAACUCGAAAAUUCGAAGCUCCCCCUUGUUUAACCCCCCUCACAAGCCUGGCUCACCCGGUCUGCCACGCCCUUCUUCGUCUCACGUCCGUCCGUCGACGGCUGGAACCGAAGGCAAUGAUUCCAAAAUGCCCUCAUCUGGGAGCCCUUUGAAGUUGUUUGGAAAUCAUGAUACAUUCACCAAUAACAGGCUUCUUCGUCGCAUGAGUCAAUUCGAAGACAACUACAGCGAUGGUUCCGAAGGAGAGGAACCCCCUUCACCUUCCGAAGAAGCGCGGAGGAAAGGCGAGAGUCGCAGCUUUUUGAAUUCAAAGCAUGAGCCAUUGCGUGAGAUCUCACCCAGACGAAACGAACGCGUCGAAUCUCACAGUGAUGCCCACCGAAUAAGUCAAUUUGGCCACGGAGAGUUGGAUAAAUUCGAUUUCUCGGACAACAGCCCGUACGAACACAAGUUGGUUUAUGACGAGGCCGCGGGUUUUGGCUCUCGGCCAACAUCGCGCAAACGAUCGUCAGGGCGACAACAGUAUCUCCGUGGUCCUUCCCAGCAGUUGUACCACUACAGCCGAUCGGCAAGUUCGGGAUUCACCCGGAAGCCGUCUGCAUGGAUGCGUCAAGAUUUCUUUGAUGAUGUGCGACCAGGAUCUCGUCCAAGCAAUAAGGAAAACAUGCCUCCUGAUGUCAAGCGAGUUCCCCGGGCACCAGGGAUGGACCCCACCCCCAAACGGCGCCGAACAAUCAUGCGGAAAAAUAGUGCGGACCCUCACCACAAUGCGAACGGUGAUUCGCCUCCAAAGUAUGGCGAGAGCAUGUCUCUUUUGCAAAGAAGCCUCAUGCAACAUGGCGUCCAGCUCGACAACACCGAAUAUCUCGCUCCACCCAGCAUAUCUCGAUCUAUGCAGCGACCGCGGACACCAACGCCAAGUCAAAUACGGGCGGCUACAGAAAGUCGCAUUUCGUCAUACAGAGAUUUCUCAGAACCAAACUUCCACGAUAAUGACUAUUCGGAUUCGUUCUCAUUCGAUGGCGAAGGGAUUGUUCCCCUGGUCAAGAUAACUGGUACCAGUGAUACGUCGCGGAAGGGAUCUAUCACUACACAGGAUUACUUGAAUGAAGCCACCAAAAUUAUGGAUUUGAUCAGAUCAAAAGGAAGAGGCGCAACUGGUUUGACGAGCGUGCACGAGUCUGAUGUGGAAAGCGAAGGUGAUGAUUUCAGUUAUGAUGACGAAUCUACUCGAGAAGCCUUUUCUCGACCACCUAGUCGAGAUGGCACAGACCUGCGCAAGCUCAGAGAAGUCAAAGAGCUGAACCCGCAAAUAUUGAAUCAUCUGAAAAAAUACCAAGAGCAGGAUGACCCUGAUGACCGAGAGAUGUCCCUGCAUGCUCGUCAUGACCAGACUGAAGACCAAUCUGAGCUUGAUGACUACAAUUCUCAAAACAUCCGCAUCCAAGGGCCAAGGAAACGCAAGACCAGCGGCAUGGCUGACGAUACAGCGGAAAACAUCGCUCAGGAUCUGAUGACCAUCAACACUCAAAUGUCUGGCUUCAGUGUCAACUCCGUGCCAACAGGAUCAUCACAAAGCUCUGGGGUGAAGGGAAUGUUAGCCUCUGAUCUGGUCUCACACUUGAUCCCUAAUGAGGUGAACGGUUUCAUAUAUGACCGGGCAAAGAACCAAUGGGUGAAGGAUGGACUGGAAGAACCAGAAGCACCGGUCUCGGAAUCAUCUGAGGAACACGAAGACCCAUUCAGAGACAUACCUGAUCUGAGUGUGGAUGAAUUACAGGAGAUGAUGAGAGUGCAUGGCCUCGGCUCUCCUUCUAAGAGCGAUGCCUCGACGAAUCCGGAAAACAUGGCCCGUAUACCUUCAGCGUUAAGCAAAUCUCCAAGGAAACUCGACGUUCGACCCCACACGAGGGAUGGUGUCCCUUCUAUCAACACUAGCUCAGUCCAUUCCAGACUCACCCGAUUCACAUCGAGUGUGCCCAACACCGGGACUAGAGCUUCCUCGUGGGACACCGAAGAGUAUCCGCAGAGGAAACGUUCUGCUGAAGAGGAUGUUCCAGCCCAUACCCAGGAGGCCGCAGAGCCCAAACCGCUUCGAAUCCAAAGGAAGCAAGCACGCGUUUCCACAGUCAAUCUCUCGUCGUCACAAGGCUCCCGCCGUUCUCCGACAUCUGAGGAGGCUGGCUCUCCACCUGAUUCAAAUGCGGAACAUGUCUACCACGGAAUUGUGCCGAACGAUGAUGCAACCCAAGCAAAUCACGAGAGUGGCACAGUUCGGUCUUCCGUCCCUCCCACAGGGCGCCAAAGCUCGGUUGCCGGUCAACCUUUCAUAAGACGCCCUAUCUCAAGGAUAGAAGAACGAAACGAGGAGACCCUUGACGAACAAAGCAUUGUCCGCAGAAACAACUCGCUGCAUGUCCAGGACACACCGGCCAGAAGUGAAGCACACCAGCAUUUGAUGCCCGUUAAUAGCGCUGGGCCCGACACCAGCUAUAGCUUCCAUCUCAGCCCGCUUGCCGACUUUACCGUCAACCAAGGCGACCGACCAUCCAACCCUGAGAUGAGUUAUGUGGCCCAGCGUACAAACCCUUCCUCCCUACGACAAGUGCACGGCACAUUCGCCUUGGCGACCGAAGAUUUGAUCAAACAUAUCACAGACGUGGAGCCAUAUGAACCUUACUGGGAACAUGUGCGUCGUCUCGUUCUGCGUGGCAAGGGGCUGAUCUCAUUGCACAAGCUAGAUGAAUUUUGCCCCCGGCUUGAGGAGUUGGAUGUUUCCGACAAUGACAUUGGUCAAUUGAGUGGGAUUCCUUCAACCCUCAGAACCCUCAAGAUCUCCCGCAAUUGUCUCUCCAACUUAACACCCUGGGGCCACUUGACGAACUUGCAAUACUUGGAUGUUUCCGGAAAUGACAUUGAGACAUUGGAUGGAUUCUCCAGCCUGAUUCAUCUCAGAGAGCUGAAAGCGAAUGAUAACCAAAUUCGCAAUAUUGAUGGUAUUCUGGAUUUGAAUGGCUUGCUCAGUUUGAAAUUGAGCAAUAACUCUCUGACAACGGUAGACUUCGAAGGUUCGGAGUUGACUCGUCUACGUGACCUUGAUUUGAGUCACAAUUGUCUCACCUCUGUUCGCAAUGUUGAAUGGCUUCCCUCGCUUACCACUCUUGAUUUGAGCGCCAACCAAAUCACCCGCUUCGAUUCUGCUGCUUCUCUCAUCAGCCUGCGAGCCUUGAAGCUCUCGGAAAAUCGUCUGGAUGUCUUCGAUACACAGCCCUUCUCUUCGGUCAGCCUUUUAUACCUCGACCAGAAUCAUCUUUCGGCCAUUACCAGCCUCGAACAAUGUCAAAACCUCGAAGUUCUGUCUAUUCGAGAACAGACAUCCCCCAAAGAAAAUAACCCUGAUUUCGGGCUUGACAUUGAUUUGGGACUUGUGAAGGACGUCCGCAAAGUAUUCAUGUCAUCCAAUAAACUUUCCUCACAGAGCGUCUCUCCAUCUGCCCCGCUUCUGCGGCUUCAGCUUCUUGAUGUCGCUGCAUGCACAUUGAAGGGUUUGCCUAGUGACUUCGCCUUGAGUUUCCCUAAUCUCAAGGUUUUGAACCUCAAUUUCAAUUCUGUGGGGGAUGUUGAGCCUCUGGUGGGCAUGAACUGUCUUGCCAGGCUAAUGAUUGUUGGCAACCGUCUCUCCCGGAUGCGGAGAGUCUGUCAAGUUCUCAGUCGACUGGGUCGGACUGGCAAAGGGACCGCAUGUUCAUUGCGGAAGCUGGAUGUUCGUGGCAAUCCUCUGACAGUUGGCUUUUACCCUCCAGCUCUUACUGGAAGUGGCAAUCCAGACAGAAAAAAGUUGAAGUCCCAUGAACAGCAAGCGGUUGUUCGGCUUCGAGACCAUCGUGACCUGUCUGAGGCUCUAGCCGAACUUGGAAAGGAUGAUCAAAUUUCUCAUCGUGCGACUAUGGGAGAGGAUACCCAACCCGACAGAGACGCUGAAAUCAACGACCCCUUCAUGGUGCCCCUUGCGGACGCCCAAGCGGAUGCAAAGUACUUGAGACAUCUCGACCAGGCCACGCGACUACGUCGAAGAGUUCUUGAGCUCAUGCUCUACGCCGGCACAAGUGGCUCUCUCCAUAGCCUUGAUGGGUUGAACCUUCGCCCCUCACUUGGUGAGGAUUCUUCGGAUAUGAAUAAAGCAUGGGAUCGACUGGAGCAGUUGGGGGUCCUCCGGAGGAAAGCGAUCAAAAAUUAG